UCGUUGGGUCCGACCCAUAGUAAACACCGACCAUGGAGGCGCAAUUGUUUGGACCAGUAGCCUGCUUCCUUUGUUAUUAUGUUUCUAAGGAAACCUAGCUGGGUAAUGUGGUACAACCAUAGCUAUGUGGAGAAUGCUCGUGGGAAAUACAGGAGUGAUUCGCUCAUAGGUUUAUGGUAACAUUGUCUGAAAACUUCAGAAAUUGCUCUCUAUUCAAAUGUAGUUUCCUUUAUGUUUGUUUGAUGUCGACGCCAACCCUUUCGUUGCAAAUUGUGUUACAUUGCAAUGAUUUGCAUUAGGUAAUCACCAAAGUUUGUUCUGCGAAGCAAUUGCAGAGGCCUCUGGAUCUUUAGGCCUAUGUGCCGUCAAUUUGACUGGCUAGAUGGAAUUUGAGUCGCUAAAUUCAAGCAGCAAGCAACGUCCUUGGCAUCGUAGGUCCAGAGACUACCAACCCCCAUUAAUGGACGGAAUCGACGGAUUACUGAAUGAAAAUGUUUCGGAUGUCAGAUUUAGUGCUUGGACACCAAUCAUUAAUAAAUCAUCAAAUCAGCAGCUCUUUCAGGAGAGAACAACUCUAAUAUUUCACUGGUUUGACCUGUGGACUGACCAGCAGAGGAAACAGUUUAUGGAUGACCUACUUUUGAGAUGCUCCCAUUCACAGCGGAAGUUUGCUAGAGACUGGCUGAUAGAAGUGGUGCCAAUCAAACACAUGGAUUUCACAUCAGUGCUACCUCGUUGCCUCUCUCUCUACAUCUUCUCCUUUCUUAAUCCCAUGGAGCUCUGCAAGGCUGUGCAGGUGUCCUGGCACUGGAAGUUUCUGGCAGAACAGGACUGCUUAUGGACGGACAGGUGUGUGCGACGGGGCUGGUUCCUGCCAUACACACCAUCCAACAGGGAGUUUGGGGCUUGGAAAACUCACUACAUCAACUGUGCCUCAAGCUUAGACUACCUGACACCACGGGAGGCUGCGGAGGUGUAUGGCACCCUGAACGAGACCGUUGGCGAGACCGAGGAGAAGAAGGAGAGACUGAGAGAGCACAUGAUACGAAAGGCCAUCAGGGAAAAGGCCGCAGAAUUCAAGAGAGGCUCAGUGAAAUCUAGAAGAGCCUGGUUAAGUAACAGCUGGACCGCUGGAUCACAGGCCAGUAGUGUUCAUGGCCACCAGAAACCAUCAGGAAUGGGACUAACCUCAUCUCUGGUCAUUUUAGGGGAAAAGUGCCGGUCACAGUUGUCACUGCAAAAUAAAGAAGAUGUGGUUUUUCCAUGCAAAAGAUCCAACAUGGAGCAGACAUCACUUACAACAUCAAUGAGGUCACAUAUUAAGCUGUCAAGUUUCAGAACAUGUACAGGUCCAACUUGUGUUAACCUGGUCCUGAUCUCAUCCAGAGUACCUGCAUAUGAGCUGCUGCUGGCUGGCGCCCGUGUCUCAGUGGAGCCGCUGCUGUAUGACCACAGCACUGCCACCCUGGAGCUGCUUCUGAUUCAGGCUGAGAGGCUCACACAGGGCCGGAGGGUCCAGAGCAUAGGCCUCAUCACAGAUGGGAGCACUGAGGAGAUUCAUAUCAUACAAGGACUGACGGUUAGUGAGAGCACAGUCCUUAACCCCAAGGUGAGGGAAUUCUGGGAAAAGAUAUCAGGUUGGAUCAUUCCCCAGACUGAGGGGGGAAGCAUGGAUAUAUUCCUACCUCUGGCAGCCUCCACCUCGGGAGCCAACCUGGUGAGGAAGCUGGCCUCUCUGACUGGGCUGGACAUUAGGGUCCCCUCUGGCAUCUGCACCGGCUCCUACCAGCUCAUCCUCAGUGAGUGGUGGGGGGCAGGCCAGUUCCCUCCGCUGACGUAUUUCAGUGAGGGGCCCCUGCUGAGCUGGUGCUGGCAGGCCGAGUGGCUGGAGGAGGCCCUUGGGGGCCUCAGGGAGCACAUGGGGCCACAGCUCCACAGGCUGAGUAGAGAGACACAGGGCCGCAUGCUGGGUCAGUUUCUGUGUGACAGAGUGAACCUACCAGACACCCUUUUCAAGUCUGAGGUCACAGCAGCGUUGACUGAAGCCCUGAUGGCACUGUGUGUAGAAAGACCUGAGAGGCCUGUGGAAUUUCUGGGGAGGUUCUUGCAGAGAAGAUCCGAGGGCACUGCUGGCAUGGAGUCUGACACGGUGGGCCAGACCAAGAGCACAAAUAAAGGAGUCCUCAGUCCACUCACUGAGCUGCCACAGGACAUUGUCAGUGAGGCGGACAGGCGCUGGGCAGUGGUCAGAGAGCUGAAGUGGAGUGAGAGCCGAUACAUCCAGCGCCUCCAGAGUGUGAGAAGAGAGUACUACACCCCUCUCAGGGCGGCCCUGGACUCCAACCGGGCCCUCCUCAGCUCUGCCAACAUUCUCAUGGUCUUCGCUCCCGUCCUCGAUAUACUGGAGGUCAACAGUGUCUUUCUCAGGGACCUGACUGAGCGUCUAGAGGAAUGGAAUCCACAGCAGUGUGUUGGUGACAUAUUCAAAAAGCUCUGCACCAAGCUGUGGGUCUACACCAAUUUCUUCAAUAACUAUCCGACUAUCCUCAAAACCAUAGACAAGUGCAAAGAAAUACUACCUGCAUUUCGAUCAUUUUUGAAAAGACACGAUAGAACACCCAACACAUUCAUGCUGAGUCUCCAGGAGCUGCUGCUAGCUCCGUCUGCUCGUGUUGAGGAGUAUGUGACUCUACUGCAGGCCCUUUCUGUGCACUCCCCUCCUGAACACAAAGAGCACGGUCACUUAACGUCUUCCCUGAUCACGAUGUCCAGCUACAGGUCCUUCUUACGCAAGUUGAAGAGGAGUGUGGACAGUGACGUGCGAAUGCAGGAGACCCAGCGGAUGAUUCAGAGCUGCCCUAAUUUAAAAGAGGGGGACAGAUAUUUAAUCACAACACAAGAUGUGGCAUUAUUGAAGUGCUCAAAUGAGGACAUCAUUUCCUCCCUCAGGAUGUACGAGCAGGUCAGAGACUUGGGACUGUUCCUUUUUAAUGACGCUCUGGUGCUAAGUGAGAGGCACGUUUCCUACCAGCCAUACAGCCAUGCUCUCAGGACAUCCCAUACCUUUUUGGCCUCUGUGGCGCUCCAUAGUCUUGUCCUCAGAGACAUAGCUGACACCAAAUAUGUUCAGAACGCGUUUGUGCUGGAGGGCCCAAAGCGUCAGUGGAUCUGUGCAACUGAGAAAGAGGACAACAAGCUCACAUGGCUGUCUGCCUUGAAGAGUGCCAUCAGUGCUGCCCUAAAGGAGCGCUAGGACAGUGGUAGUGCUGGACUGCUUGGUUCAUUGUGUGGAUGGCUACAGAUGAAGCCCUUGCCUUGAAUAAUAACACUAAAUAGUCUAGGCUACAUUAAAUAAAUCCACAAAUAAAAGGCGAACUAUAAUUACAUUAAUUACCCC